UUCCUGGCACUCUGUGAGCUCCAUGGUCCCUAAGAACUUGCAAGAAGUGAGCAAAUGAGAUAGGAACAUGGCACUGUUGAUCAUACUGAUUACCUGUUUUGUGAUUAUUUUUGCUACUUCCCAGCCUUGCCAGGCCCCUGACGACUUUGUGGCUGCCAGUUCUCCAGGACAUAUCAUAAUUGGAGGUUUAUUUGCCAUUCAUGAAAAAAUGCUUUCCUCAGAAGACUACCCCAGGCGACCAGAGAUCCAGAAGUGUGUCGGCUUUGAAAUAUCAAAUUUUCUUCAAACUCUUGCCAUGAUACACAGCAUUGAGAUGAUCAAUAAUUCAACACUAUUAUCUGGUGUCAAACUAGGAUAUGAAAUCUAUGACACUUGUACAGAUGUCACUGUGGCAAUGGCAGCUGCUCUGAGGUUUCUCUCUAAGUUCAACAGCUCUGGAGAAAUCAUGGAGUUUAAGUGCGACUAUUCCAGCUACACGCCAAGGGUAAAGGCGGUCAUAGGUGCUGGCUACUCAGAAAUAACCAUGGCAGUCUCCAGGAUGCUGAAUUUACAGCUUAUACCACAGGUGAGUUAUGAAUCAACUGCAGAAACCUUGAGUGACAAAAUUCGAUUUCCUUCAUUUUUACGGACUGUGCCCAGUGACUUCUACCAGACUAAAGCAAUGGCCCAACUGAUUCAGAAAUCUGGCUGGAACUGGAUUGGCAUCAUAACCACAGAUGAUGACUAUGGACGACUGGCUCUCAACACUUUUACAAUUCAGGCUGUGGCAAAUAACGUGUGCAUAGCCUUCAAAGAAGUUCUCCCAGCCUUCCUCUCAGAUAAUACCAUUGAAGUCAGGAUCAAUCAGGCACUUGAGAAAAUCAUAGCAGAAGCCCAAGUUAAUGUCAUUGUGGUGUUCCUGAGUCAAUUCCAUGUUUUCAAUCUCUUCAGUAAAGCCAUUGAAAGGAAUAUAAAUAAGAUCUGGAUUGCUAGUGAUAACUGGUCAACAGCCACCAAGAUAACUACCAUUCCUAAUGUUAAAAGGAUUGGUAAAGUUGUAGGAUUUACCUUUAGAAGAGGGAACAUGUCCUCUUUCCAUUCCUUUCUUCAAAAUCUGCAUUUGUUUCCCAGUGAUAAUAACAAGCCCUUAAAUGAAUAUGCCAUGCUCUUGGCUGCCUGUGCAGAUGCUAAGGACAGUGAUUUGAGUCAGUGCAUUUCCAACUAUUCUCAGGGGACUUUGGCCUACAAGGCUAACAAGGACAUAGAAAGGAACUUCUCCCUGAGAAAUGACUUCCUGUGGGAUUACACUGAGCCGGGAUUUGUCCACAGUAUUCAGCUUGCAGUGUUUGCCCUUGGAUAUGCCAUUCGGGAUCUGUGCCAAGCUCGAGACUGUCAGAACCCCAAUGCCUUUCAACCAUGGGAGUUACUUCAUGUACUGAAAAAUGUGACAUUCAUGGAUGGAGGGAGCUCAUUUCAUUUUGAUGCCCAUGGAGAUAUGAAUACCGGAUAUGAUGUUGUGCUCUGGAAGGAGAUUGAUGGCCACAUGACUAUCACCAAGAUGGCACAAUAUGACCUGAAGAAUGAUGUCUUCAUUGUCACAGACCAAGAAACAAGAAAUGAGUUCAGGAAUCUUAAGCAAAUUCAAUCUAAAUGCUCCAAGGAAUGCCUCCCUGGGCAAAUGAAGAAAAUCACAAAAAGUCAACACAUCUGCUGCUAUGAAUGUGCGAACUGUCCUGAAAAUCACUAUAGUAAUCAGACAGAUAUGGAUCACUGCCUUUUAUGCAACAAUGAAACUCACUGGGCCCCUGUAAGGAGCACAAUGUGCUUUGAAAAGGAAGUGGAGUACCUCAACUGGAAUGACUCCUUGGCUAUCCUGCUCCUGGCGCUCUCUCUACUAGGAAUAGUGUUUGUUCUGGCCAUCGGCAUAAUAUUUACAAGAAACCUGAACACACCCGUUGUGAAAUCCUCCGGGGGAUUAACAGUCUGCUAUGUAAUCCUCUUCUGUCAUUUCCUCAACUUUGCCAGCACAGGUUUUUUCAUUGGAGAACCACAAAACUUCACGUGUAAAACCAGGCAGAUGCUCUUUGGUGUCAGCUUUACUCUAUGCAUCUCUUGCAUUUUGAUGAAGUCCCUGAAAAUUUUGCUGGCCUUCAGCUUUGAUCCCAAGUUGCAGAAGUUCCUCAAGUGCCUCUAUAAACCCAUCCCCAUCAUCUUCACUUGCACAGGGAUCCAGGUUGUCAUCUGCACACUCUGGCUAAUCUUCGCAGCACCUGCUGUGGAAGAGAAUGUCUCCUUGCCCAGAGUCAUUAUCCUAGAAUGUGAGGAGGGAUCUAUCCUUGCAUUUGGCACCAUGCUGGGCUAUAUUGCCAUCCUGGCCUUCAUUUGCUUCAUAUUUGCCUUCAAAGGCAGGAAAUUACCUGAGAAUUACAAUGAAGCCAAGUUCAUAACAUUUGGCAUGCUCAUUUACUUCAUAGCUUGGAUCACAUUCAUCCCCAUCUACACUACCACCUUUGGCAAAUACUUGCCAGCUGUGGAGAUCAUUGUUAUUUUGAUAUCUAACUAUGGGAUCCUAUGUUGCACAUUCUUCCCCAAAUGCUAUGUUAUUCUUUGUAAGCAAGAGACUAACACCAAAUCUGCCUUUCUCAAGAUGAUUUACAGUUACUCUUCCCACUGUGCAAGCAGUCUUGCCGUGAGUCAUGUUUCACUGGACACCACCAACAGCAAUGUCACAACAACCAGUCGCAGCUCUGGUGGCAAGUCUGCAGCCUGGCAGAAAAGGAAAGAUUUUCAGGCACAAGUAUUUGCAUGCAUAUGCAGAGAAAAUGCUACAUAUGUAUCUAAUGCUUUGCCUCGAAAAAGAACUUCAAGUAUCUGAAUGAGUCUUUAAGAGAAGGUACACUCCAGCAUAAAAUGUUUCUAGGGUCUUUGCCUUAGGGAUGUGCCUUUACUUUCCAAGUCAAUAUAUCCCCUACAUUUCUUCACUACUGCUAUCUUCACCAAAUUUUGCUU